AUGGACGCCUCUCAGCCUCCUCCUCCUUCCCCUCCUCCUCUCGAUAGUGAGGAGGUGUGUACUCACUGCGCUUGGGCUCCUUAUGCAAUCGUCGCUCUUCCCGUCGUCCUCCCGUUGCUACUCCUAAUACUACACAGACCGUUAUUACGACUUUUUGGGUUCUAUAUCCGCAGCUUGAACGGCGAUAAGAGGGAGAUAUUGUUCAAAGUAUCAUCGGAGGAAGCUCUUAGGGCCAAUCAAUCGAAGACACCUACUCAACAGCCGACUACAAUCGUUGGGUUCUUUCAUCCUUACUGUAACGCCGGUGGUGGUGGUGAACGCGUCCUCUGGGCCGCAAUCCACGCCAAUCAACUGCACUCCCCCCACAUCCUCAACGUCGUCUACACCGGCGACCAAGCCACCAAAUCCACCAUCCUUUCAAACGUCCAAACCCGUUUCGACAUCCACCUAAACCCCUCCCUCGUCCAAUUCAUCCAUCUCCAAAAGCGUCAUCUCGUCUCCUCAUCAGCAUGGCCACGCUUCACACUCCUCGGACAGUCGCUAGGAUCAAUCUUCCUAGCCAUCGAAGCAUUCGGAAUGUUAGUACCGGAUAUUUACAUCGAUAGCAUGGGAUACGCGUUUACCGUCCUCCUUGCUAAAAAGGUGUUUGGAAUACCGACUGCAGCGUAUGUUCACUAUCCGACGAUAAGUACCGAUAUGUUGGGGUCUUUGUCGCCGGAGAAGAGUGUGAAGAAACGGUAUUGGCAGCUUUUUGCGAUGUUGUAUAGUUAUGCGGGGUCUGGUAUCGAUGUUGUGGUUGCGAAUAGUAGCUGGACGGCCGGGCAUUUGAAUUCUUUGUGGAGGGGCAGACAGGAAGGGGGUUCUGCUGCACCGAAGUUCGAUGGGGGGCUUGCUGCAGCUAUUAAGUGGAUUUCGGGGAGACAGAAAAAGGGUGAUAUCGAAGUUCUUUUCCCGCCGUGUGCGGUUAAAAAGUUGGCGGAGAAGGUUUCUAUUGGGAAAAAACGAGAGGAUGCGAUUCUAUACAUUGCACAAUUCCGGCCUGAAAAGAAUCACAUCUUAGUCCUGCAAGCGUUCGAGAAGUUUUUGAAAUCUGCGCCUGAGGAGUUGAAGAAUACAAAACUGGUGUUGGUGGGAACUGUUAGAGAAGAUCAAGAUGAGAGGAAGGUUUAUGAAUUAAGGCUGCUGGCGCAUGAGUUACAGGUUGAUAAUAAUGUAGUUUUUGUCACGAAUGCGCCGUGGGGGGAUGUUAUAGGCUGGUUGGGGAAGGCAAGUCUCGGUGUUAAUGCCAUGUGGAACGAGCAUUUUGGUAUCGGAGUUGUGGAGUAUCAAGCUGCUGGGUUGAUUGGGGUUGUGCACGAUAGCGGCGGGCCGAAGUUGGAUAUUGUGGUUGAGGUUGAUGGGUUGAGGACCGGAUAUCAUGCUACAACCGCAGAGGAAUUCGCGCAGGGGUUUAAAGAAGCUCUAUCAUUGAGCGACGAGGAUACAGUCGCGAUGAGGGAGAGGGCGAGGAAGUCAUCACUAAGGUUCUCGGAGGAGAUCUUUGAAGAACAGUGGAAUAGUGUUAUGGACACCCUUUUGGGACUGCUCGAAGGUAAAAAGAGGAAGUAA